GUCAAAAUUCCACCCUUGCAAAGAAACAUAUAUUUAGAUUUGAUGAAUGAGAACUGGCCUUGAAUUUGCGAUUGGAAUAUUCAAACACUCAAAAAGACCCCAAGCUUAACGACAUGUCGUCUUCUAAAAGAUCCGAAAUGCCUCCUCCUUACAAUGAAGCAACAAACCAAAAUGACCAGUUAAUGCUAACUUACGAGAACCAGAAUAAUCAGUACCCUGGAGGUAAUCAGUUUUCCUCGCCAGGUGGCGGUCCAUAUCCAGUCAGCCAACACCAAUCACAAUGCACUCCCCAGAAUCAAGUGAUGCGACCAUUGGUUAAACAGCCUGGAGCUAAUGUUAUUACUCGAGACCCUGACACCAUUAACUGGAUGGUUCCGGCUGUCCUUGCUUGUUUGUGCUGUUUUUGGCCGGCAGGAAUAGCAGCCAUCCAUUAUGCCAGCAAAUUAUUGCCCCCGGAAAUAUUUGAAUUUCGACAAAAACACCACAUAAUUACUCACAUCAUUCAUUAAUUGUCUACGGAUCUUCCCGAUAAGGACAAUGAGCACACGGAGGGUUUGACUGGUCAGCGGAUGGUGCUCACUACUGCAUGGUACCUGAUCUUACAUCUAUUUUUUUUUUAGAGAUCCGUGUUUGCUCUGCUCCUGUUUUGUAUUUUUCCCUUAGACUUUUGAUUUUGAAUACUGUUCGUUAUCCUCACAUGUCAUUUCCAGCUUUUUAAACAUUCGUCUUAAAGACUUAUAUGAGAAGGGUUUAACUUUUGAUGUAUUUAACAUUAUCCAAAUCUUUGCCAUAAGACACAUGUCACAUAUUAUAGUUAAUAUAAUAAUGCAGUUGUAGGCUACGAUCUUGAUUUUCUAGGAUACAUGGUGAUUGAUGCUCUUAAAUCAGCAAUCAAUACGUGUGAGUUACACUGCAAUGAUGAAAAAAAUGUUUUGUUUACUUCU